AAAAUAUAUUAAGAAUCACUGGUCUGGGGGGUUGCGAACCAGGGCAGUCAAGGAUAAGGAUCUCUUUCAGAAGAAUUUAUUUUCCUCAAAGCUGAAUGGAUGGAUUGGUGAAACGUUUAUGUUCACUCUCCAUCAGAUGUGAACCCAGAGUAUCUCUGCUUUAAAAUUUGACUAGUAAUCUGUUGCUCAGGCAGGUUGGUUUUACAAUUUAAUUGAAUUUUGAGUCUCUUAAAGUUUGACAUCUGAAUAGUACCAGCAAGACUCCAAACUGAGCCCAGAUCCUACAAAUUAAAAAAAACAAAACAUCAUGUGUAAAGCAGGCUAUUACAAUGAAUGAGAUUUAUAUUAAUUUACAAUCAUUUCAGCUAAUCCUAACAGUGGAUAUAUACUGACAAGUGGUCAGCGAGAGCAGCCUGAAAUAAAUCAGCACCAAUAGGAAACGGCUUUUGGAAAGUUAAGAUAUGAUCCCUGCAGCUGAGCAAUCGCUGCAAGCACUCUCUCUUCAUUUGUAAGCUGCGGAUGAAGUUUCCCAGGGUUUUCUGAGACAGGGCUGAAUUUGAAGGUUUGCAGAGACCUGCUGCAUUUGAAAGUUGGCAGGUAUUGCCAAUUCUAAGAAGGGUUAUUAGCUUUGGGGUCUAUUUCUAGUUAUGUGAUCUCUGGGUUACUACUGUGUUUGGCAUCAACAUUCGAACCUAGGCAGACAGAGACUGCAAAACAAAAGUCCCUUUACUCGCAAGUGAUCAAGUGUCUGAACGGAUUGUAUUUUCUUUAUCAAAUUCCAUUAGAAGGCAUAUUUUCUAUACACAAGCAUAUAUGUCGUGAAAGCCAGUUCAAUCAUGCUACUGCAGGGAAGCAUCUUUGGGAGGGAUACUUUCACCAAAGUACUCUGCCAGCUAAUAUAAAACGGGGAGGGAAGUUGGGGGGGGCUGAAAAGUGAAACCUCUGAAAGAAGAAACACUAACCUUGUAACACAAAAGCACAUCUUCCAAACCCAUUAAAGCAGAGCUGAAAUAGCUGUGAAUUUUUCAAAUGAGAUGACCCACCACAUCUAGGUGGGAGCAAUGUCAUGUAAUGCAACACCUGACAUACUUUUAUUGUUUUCAUAGGCAAAGUAGUAGUUCUUUGAUUCGAUCAAAUUCCCCAACAACAACAUCUCAGAUCAUGGCCAGAAAGAAAAGAAGAGGGAUUAUAGAGAAAAGGCGCCGUGAUCGUAUAAAUAACAGUUUAUCUGAGUUGAGGCGGCUUGUGCCAACUGCUUUUGAAAAACAAGGAUCUGCAAAAUUAGAAAAAGCGGAAAUACUGCAAAUGACAGUGGAUCAUCUGAAGAUGCUCCAGGCAACAGGAGGCAAAGGUUAUUUUGAUGCUCAUGCCCUAGCCAUGGAUUUCAUGAGCAUUGGAUUCCGAGAAUGUUUAACAGAAGUGGCAAGAUAUUUGAGCUCUGUGGAAGGUCUGGACACCUCUGAUCCGCUACGCGUUAGGCUCGUCUCUCAUCUCAGCACUUGUGCCUCUCAGAGGGAAGCUGCUGCAAUGACCUCAUCCAUGGCCCAUCACCAUCAUCCCUUGCAUCCUCACCACUGGACAGCUGCAUUUCAUCACCUCCCAACCGCUCUGUUUCAUCAGAAUGGACUUCACUCUGACAAUGCUCCUUGUAGACUCUCCACAGCCACGGAAAUGCCUCCACAUGGUUCUGCGCUUCUCACAGCCACGUUUGCCCACGCUGACUCCGCACUCAGAAUGCCCUCUGCUGGCAGCGUUGCUCCUUGUGUCCCACCACUUUCUACCUCUCUCCUCUCGCUCUCAGCCACAGUACAUGCUGCUGCUGCUGCAGCUACUGCAGCUGCUCAGAGUUUCCCUCUCUCCUUCACUGGAGCAUUCCCAAUGCUUCCACCUAGUGCAGCAGCAGCGGUGGCAGCUGCAACAGCAAUUAGUCCACCAUUAUCUGUGUCAGCAGCUUCCAGUCCUCAACAAGCAGGCAGUGGUGGAAACAGUAAACCCUACCGGCCGUGGGGCACCGAAGUGGGAGCUUUUUAGAUUUGCCCCACUCCACAAACCUCCUUUGGACUGUAUGCAGUAGUAAGUUAAUGUCCUUGUUCAGCCAGGUUAAAGGUCUGUAUAGCCUUAUAGAUGCCUGAAAGCCAAGCAAGGAACAGCAAAGCUAUUCUAGGCACAGACUUCAAAGAGGACAUGUGGUUGUAUUGGGUAGAUUUGCCUUUGUUUUGCUUAUGGCACCUUGAUGAGCAGCAGUGGCUUUUGGAAACCCCAUGGUAAAAGUUUACUGGGAAAUUUAUAGACUUUAGAAUUAAUAAUACUCCAGAUAAUCAUUGUCAUUUGGCAGGGUGGAGAGGGAUUGUACCCAUAACACUCUCAUAAGGCUGGACAAAAUGUUCAAGUUCAACUAAGUGCCUCACCUUUCAAAACAUAAGUGUGUGUGUGUGUAAGUGUGUGUGUAUGUGAUCUUGUAAAGCUGGUAACAUUGCACAAGGAUGAAAAAAGAUUGGGGAGCUGGGCAGGAAAACCAUACAUUUAAAUUACAGACAUUUGAUACAAUUCCAGGAAAGACUGUAUUCUCUAAACCAACAGGUUUAUUUAGCCAAAAGGAUUGCCGAGAAAAUAUGUUCAGCUUGACAGUUUUAUCUUACCUAGUUUACUUUCUCUGUACAGACUUGCCAAAUGGUGACAUCUAGCAUAGCAUUGGUAAAAGCAAUUAUCUUGUCAGUGCUUGGAUUAACAAACAUUUCAGCAUUGCCUGGGGGCCUUGAGGCACUUUUUCAUGGCUUAAAAUAUGGUGCUUGCUUGCAUCUCUACAAACAAUGAAUUUAUAGUGCACAUAGAAGUAAUUGCCUACUAAAAGCGUGCACACAUCAAUGUGGUUGAUUCAUGCCAAUACAAGAGACUCAAUGUUGUAAGAGUUUAACUUAUUAGUUGCAUUUGGACAUUUACUUUUAGCUGAUUCUGUGCAAGAUUCCUCUUCCUCUACUAUCUACUUCUGGGGAUAACUAUCGCUCUGGGUAUGAAUGAAGUUACUGUGGGGGUGAUUUUUAAAUUGGCUUUUUACAUGCCAACAUUGUAAUGUGGGUUUGAUUCCAAACCAAAAUGAAUGUACUAAAGGGGAUGUCAGUACCCAGACAACUAGUGCUGCAUAAAAGGUUUUGCUUUCAUUUUUUAUUACAAUGACUUAAAGUAACCUAAGUAUUUUAAUACAUCAACUCAAGAAGUAGAGAUUUUAUGUAAAAAUAAAACACAGCAUGUAUUAUUAUGCACUUGAUUUCUCUGCUGUGUGGAGAAAGCAAUAAACAUUGCAAAUGUUAAACAUUAUGCAAAAUAUACUUUAAAAUAUUUGUUUUAAAAAUACUGUACCUAGUUGGUCUUUCGUGCAUUACUUUGUUAACCUUUUUCUAUGCAAAAGUCUUUACAUAUCACUAAUUAAACGAAGUCCUUUUUGACUGCGCUUUAUGGA